AAAAAAUACAACUUUUAAACAAGUGUGCUACUUUUUUUUUUCUUUACUCUCUCUCCAAUGAUCUUAUCUCCAUUUAUUUCAUGUUAUAACUUAUUUUUCUCUCUUUCUUUCAUCUUCUUCAACAUUUUUAGUAAAAAUUAAGAAUACCCACAAAGCAGAAAACAGUUUCUGUCAUGUCACUUCUUAUUCUCUGCUACAACUUUCUUGAAAUUAAAAAAAAGGUUCUUCCAAAAAGUUGAAUUUUGCUACAGUUCAAGAAGUUUUGGAGUUCUUCUGAUUAUUUGUCAAAGUGCAAUAAAACUGAAACUCCGUAGGUAUUGUAUUUCUCAUUUCAACCUUUAAUUAACUAACCAUUUUAGCACUAUCUUGUUGAACUAAGCUUUUUCCUACACAAUUUAACUGACCUUUGAGUCAUUACUAUGAUAACAACCAGUCAUAAUUAAGCUUCAACAUGAGCCUGGUGUUUGAGGUUGUAAGCAGGUAGAUCUUUUCCCAUAUGUGAACAAAUGAUGUACUUUUAUUUGAUGCACUGGUACUGAUUUGAGAAUGUAGAAUUCCUACUCGUUCGUGUGGUAUCUAUUUUACUGAUCUGGGAAUUUCAAAGCUGUUUCCAUAGAGGUGAAUCAACUAACGAAGAUCAUCCAUUGAUUUAACACUCCCUGUUGUUUUACCGAAGUCUAAAUCCGUACCCGACUUUUCUCCAAGCAACAUGAAGCCUCCAAAUUUCAAUCUUGAAUCAGAAGACGAGUCUGAGGUCAGCAACUGCCAAGUGGGUUCAAACAUAUCCGUCCAAGAAAUUCAUCCUGGUCCUUCCCUUAAUCUUCAGCAGGAAUCAGUUCCUGUUACUCUUGACUUGACUCUUGGCUUCAACAGAAGCGACUCCGAGUUGAAAGCCAAUGGAGAGGUGAGUGACGAAGUAGUACCCCAUCCUCCAACGGCAGCAUUAUCCAGAGUUUUCUCGUGCAAUUUCUGCAGGCGCAAGUUUUACAGCUCCCAGGCGUUGGGCGGACACCAGAAUGCACAUAAGAGGGAGAGGACUUUAGCUAAGAGAGCAAUGCGGAUGGGAAUGUUAUCGGACAGGUACGCUAGCCUAGCAUCAUUGCCCCUUCACGGGGCCGCAUUUCGAUCUCUUGGCGUUGAAGCUCAUGCUUCCGCACACCAACGCGUCUCGCACCAAGAAACGCCUAUUCAUGCAAUUAGAAGCGGGGCGAGAUUUGAACAAGGCUAUUUCGGGAUGCCAGUAUUCGUGGAGGAUGAUGAAGUGGAGGUGUUCUGGCCCGGUAGCUUCAGGCAAAUAGAGGGAAUUGGUGGCAAUAUGGGGUAUAAUUCAGGGCAAAGUUCAAGCAUAAAUUUUGUAGCUGUAGCUCCUCAAACUAGGACAGAUCCAACAUUGCCUGAUCUUAAUUUGAAACUCUGAUGGAUUCUUUUUUUUUUUGCAUUCUAUUCUACUAUUUGUAUCAGAAUUUCAUAAUUGUGGUAUUACAUUAGUGCUCUAUUUGUACAGGAGGUGAAUAUUUGAGACUGUCUUGAGCUUUCAAUUUUGAA